UUUCCUGAUAAACAUGUUAUCCACUGUCAUCUCUCUACACAUGCUGAGCUGAGUCGUCGUUGGCUUCGUCGGCCUGAAUGUGUUCGUCUUUCUCUGUUGGUUGCUUCAGAUUUUAGAUAAUCAAUAAUAUUAAUUUUAAUAAAAAAUAAUGAUGCUUGCAGCUCAGUUCCAUGUCCGUACACUCUCUGGUUUCAAUUCGACUUUUUGGGAUCAAGCGAAAACCAACGCCUCUUCUUGCUGUUCUGUAUCCGUUCAGCUUCAACUAUGUUCCGCGAAACGGUGUCUUAUUCAUCAAUCCGUCCUCUUUUCUUGCAAAUCUUCCCGCCGAAACUUUGUUGUCAGAUCCUCCAAUUAUGCCGAUCGUCGCGAUGACGGUUUUCUCCCGGCCUCCCUCCUUGUGCCAGAAACUGUGUUGCAUUAUCGUAUGCGAAGACAAGGUUUUCCAGAAGAUAUCACUUGGCAGAGUUCUCGUUCUAGUUCUAGUUCUAAUAGAUUGAUUCCGUUUCCUUUCCGAGCUAAGAAUUCGAGAAAUGACGUCACUUCAAUCGGUCGACAAGUUCUUCGUCGAUUUCAAAGUCCCACCAUUUUUCUCAAGAUUUCUUGUGAUGGAGAUUUUUUACUUCCGAUUAUUGUAGGGGAGUUUUCUGUUGAAAAACUUUUAGAUGCAUUGAUUGGUGGAGAAGAUAAUGGGGCCUGCCCAGAUCAGUUCCAGUUCGUGAAAAAUCUUGUGGAUGAACUUGGUUAUGAAGUAAAUAUGGUAAGAAUUACUACAAGAGUGGUGAAUACUUACUUUGCAAAGUUGUAUCUUAGUAAGCCAGGGAAAAAUGAUAUUAUUAAUCUGAAUGUGCGACCCUCAGAUGCCAUCAAUGUGGCAAAUAGAUGCAAGGCUCCAAUUUAUGUGAGCAAAAAAAUUGUCUUGGCUGAUGCUAUAAGAAUUGGUUAUGGGACAGGCAGAGGGCGUGAUGCAAAACCUACAUAUGAUGUAUACCUUGACAGUGCCUCAGAAGGUCCAGAUUCAGUUGCUGAGGAACUUAAUCUGGUGAGGAAUAUGGUUUUAGCUGUCAAAGAGGAGAGGUACAAUGAUGCAGACAAUUACUUAAUUGCAACAAAUGUUCUUAAACCUUGUAAUUAUCAUAUGGUUCCUGCAGCCAUGUUGAGAGACAAAUUAAAACAGCUUCGCAAGUCCAGAGGUCGAGUAGACAAACUUGGUCACUAAUACUUUCAAAUUGUUAUCAACUCGUGGGAUGGCAAUAUGAGUACUCACUCAGAAGAGAUGCUUGAAAUCUUUCCAAAGAACAUUUGGGUAGGAAUUUUUAAGAUCAAUAUCUAAUAUGAGGGAACAAGCUGAAAAGAAAGGCAUUUACAGAGAAACUUCUCCGAGGAUUUUGGUAUGUACAGAUUCAAAUUCGGAAUGUUGCCAUAAUUGUAUAAACAGAAAAUCAUGUAACCCUACCUUAAUUUUCCAAAUCAUAAUGGUGAAUUGAUUUUCUCUUGCAAAGAA